CCGGGGGCUGGGUUGCGCCGCCGCAGGGCCCAAGGGGAUGUUCGAGGACGAGCCCCACGCUGAGGGGGCGGCGGUGGUCGCCGCGGCCGGGGAGGCGCUGCAGGCCCUGUGCCAGGAGCUGAACCUGGAUGAGGGGAGCGCGGCCGAAGCCCUGGAUGAUUUCACCGCCAUCCGGGGCAACUACAGCCUGGAGGGAGAAGUUAUACACUGGUUGGCAUGUUCAUUGUAUGUUGCAUGCCGCAAAAGCAUUAUUCCCACAGUUGGAAAGGGCAUCAUGGAAGGAAACUGUGUUUCACUACCAGAAUACUACCGCAACCUGCUGCUAAAAACAACGCGCUCCUUACCCCGCCACUCGUGCUUGGGCUGCAGCGAGAACUCAGGCUCCCCGCGCGAAGCUUGCCGGGACCACGCGCGCCUAGCCGAGCUUCCGUUUCCGGCCCUGCAGGCUCCGCCUCAGCGGAAACGGCUGUGCGGAGGGAGAAGGGGGUGGGGUCGUGCGUGA